CAAAACUUUGCUGGUGGUCGCGGCGGGGGUGGUGCUGGUGCUGGUGGUGCUCAUCCUGGUGCUGGUGAGCUCCGCCGGGCCCGACGGCUGCUGAGAGAUGCUGGGCACCUGCCGGAUGGUCUGCGAGCCCUGCGGCCCCGCCGCCCCCCCACAGCCUGCUGAGUGUGGCUCCCUCCCGCCGCCCUCCACGCUUGUGCAAGGUCCGCAAGGAAAACCGGGCAGACCGGGGAAACCGGGACCGCCGGGACCACCCAGAGAACCGGAGCAGCCGGGGCCACCGGGGGCGCGGGGAGAAGCAGGAAGACCAGGACCGCCGGGAUUGCCGGGCCCGGGGGCUACGGGAGCGGUGAGCGCGGCCACCUACAGCACGGUGCCGAGGGUCGCCUUCUACGCCAGGCUCAAGAACCCUCACGAGGGCUACGAGGUGCUCAAGUUCGACAACGUGGUCACCAACCUGGGCAACAGCUACGACGCUGCCUUGGGCAAGUUCACCUGCGCCAUCCCCGGCACCUACUUCACCUACCACGUCCUCAUGUGCAGCAGCGACGGCACCAGCAUGUGGGCAGACCUCUGCAAGAACAGGCAGAGGCAGUGUCCCCUGGAGAUUGCGGUGCUGUGA